AUGAGAGAACAGCACUGGUUUGGGAUGACUGCCAGGAUGGGCACCGUGUUAUCAGGGGUCUUCACCAUCAUGGCCACCAACAUGUACCUCAUCUUCGAACAGAAGUACAUAAAGAGCAGCGACUGCACUGAGAAUUACGUACAGACCAAGAGUGCAGGCGUCCUGGUAAAGCAGCUCAUCAUCUGCUGGACUUCCAAUGUUGUCUUCUUCCUGUCUUUCAUUACCAUCAUCAUCAGCUGCUUCCUCCUAUACUCGGUAUAUGCCCAAAUAUACCAGGGCUUGGUGAUCUACAUCAUCUGGAUCAUUUUCCAUGAAAUUGUAAACAUUGUAGUUCAAAUCCUUACCAACAAUGACUCUGUCAUUGAAGAGGUCAGGGUCGUGCGCUGGUUUGGCUUGCUGUCCCGUAUAUUCAUGCACUGUUUCUGGAUGUUCUAUAUCAUCUCCUAUGCCCACAUGAUCUAUAAAAGUCAAAGCCAGGGCAAUAUAAUCUCCUACAACAGACGUAUUUCUACAGGCAAUGGAGAGUUCCCACGACGGAAAUCAAAGAUCAUCAACUCUACCCGCCACUAUAGUGGAUAA